UUUGUGGCGACGGUGGGGUUGGACAGCGAGGCAUCGCGAAGGUGCUCGAAAGUCAUCCCCGAGGGGCCUGCCCCAACUCCAUUUUCGGAGCGAGAGAGCAGCUUCGCGAACGUAGCGAAAUCGACUGUCGGUGGCCUGCAGUUUUCGUCGAGCCGUGGCCAGGUGAGGUUUUCGACAAGCGGAGGGGGGUGUUUUGACUUCAGCACGUCCAGGACCGUGGGGGUGGACUUGCUGACUGGGGUCGAAGUCAACGCGAGCAGUGCCCGUCGCAAACUGCCUCGUCGUACCAAGCCCUCGGCGCGGGAUAUUUUCCCGAGAGUGUCAGCGCGGGAGCGUUCUGCCGAUUUGGAGAGUACUGGGGACAGCAAGUCGCCCCAAGGUCGGGCGAGUCCUCCAGCGCCGUCGAGCCGGGAUUGGGAGCGCGGGCUCCUCGGCCCCUCGACGGCUCGCCGACAGACUCCCGAGCGGAUGCGGGGGCAGUCGCGGGGCAGGACUGCCGCGCCCCCGAGACACGAGGAGAAAUCCCCCGAGCGCGCCGUGGAGAUUGGACGUGAACCAGUGGCGCGUGGCGAGGUGCAGCGGUCACCACGCCAGCAGCAUCCCGCCCGCCGAGGAACGCCUCAGCGCCGCCCACAGGCGGGGCCUGGGCAGCAGCGCCGGACUCCGCAGGCGCCGCGCGGGCGUUCGGGCCAGCGCGUCGGCUGGAGGGCUGGCGGGGGGAGUAACCGUGGGUCCGCGGCGGAGAGGCGCCUAGGGCGGGCCGCGGCGACUCUCGAGGGCUUGUUCCGCAGUGUCGCCCAACCCCAGCAGGCUCUGGCGUAUUCUCCGCAGCUUCUGGCGCCCCAGCAGUACCAGCAGGCGCACUUGCCGCCCUGAGCCCGUGCAAGAUGCCUCACGAUCCGCUCCAGCGCUGCGCGAUGGCUGCAGCUGAUCUGGCUGUCGUGUCCACGCGAGUGCAGCCUGUGCCCGCCUCGGGAACCGUGUUGGACCCGCGCCUGCUCGCCGUGAUGCGGACAGUAUCGGCGAGCGUAGACUCGGCUGCAGCUGUAGACAUCGU